GGAGGGGGGAAAUGGUCCACUCUACGGUGGCCUAGAGGAGCGGUGAAGCCACGCCAGAGAGUUGAUCAUUUCUGGAACUCGGCGUCGUGAUGUCUUUCAAGAGGGAAGGGGACGACUGGAGUCAGCUCAAUGUGCUCAAAAAACGAAGAGUUGGGGAUUUGCUGGCUAGUUACAUCCCCGAAGAUGAGGCGCUGAUGCUACGAGAUGGACGCUUUGCUUGUGCCAUCUGCCCUCACCGGCCGGUACUGGACACCGUGUCCAUGUUGACUGCCCACCGUUCAGGCAAGAAGCAUCUGUCUAGUUUGCAGCUUUUCUAUGGCAAAAAACAUCCAAGAAAAGAAACAGAACAAAAUCCAAGACAGCAGAAUGAAUUGAUGAGGGAAGAAGCCAAAGCUGAGGCUCCUCUGCUAGCCCAGACUCGAUUUAUCACCCAGAGUGCUCUACACAGAGCUCCCCACUAUAACAGUUGCUGCCGGCGGAAGCACAAGCCUGUGGAAAGCAAAAGACCAGAAGCCCCUGGUCCCUCCAUUUCCAGUUCCCCUUUGCCAGCUCCAGAGGUGGAGCUCCAUGGUGAGAAGAUCAGUAGGGAUCCUGAGCCUGAGGCUGGCCCACAAGCCAAAGAGUCAGAAACUGUCUCAGCUCCUCCAUCUGUCAGCCCCACAAGAAAACGUGUUAUAGACCAUUACCUCAGACUUCGAAGCUCUGGAUGGAUUCCAGAUGGACAAGGUCGGUGGAGAAAAGACGAAAAUGUGGAGUUUGACUCUGAUGAGGAAGAACCCCCCGAUCUGCCCUUGGACUGAUAUCCUCUUUCCCCAUUCGUUUCACAAAUAAACUCCACCAGGUGCUGGGAGCCUCCCUGUGCUA